AUGGAUUUCGAGGCCUUGAAGGAUCAAUGGAGUGAUGUGGAGGACCGCGAUGGUAUCCGACUGAGCUGGAACACUUUCCCGAGCUCUCGCAUGGAAGCUUCCCGCCUGGUCGUCCCCAUUGCUGCCGUCUACACCCCCCUGAAAGAGAAGCCAGAGUCUCCACUGCUUCAGUAUGAACCGGUGACUUGCAAGCAGCCCUGCCGGGCGGUUCUCAACCCAUAUGCCACCGUCGACAUCCGCGCCCGGAUUUGGAUCUGCCCUUUCUGUUUGAUGCGCAACCCUCUUCCGCCUCACUAUAAGGACAUUACGGAGAACACGAUACCACCCGAGCUCCACCCUUCCAGCACCACGAUCGAGUACCAAUUGGCGCGGCCAGCCCCUGCUCCCCCGAUCUUCCUGUUUGUGGUCGAUACUUGCCAGGAGGAUGACAGCCUUCAGGCCGUCAAGGACUCGCUCAUCAUGAGCUUGUCCCUGCUGCCACCGAAUGCGCUGGUCGGUCUGAUCACUUACGGCACAAUGGCCCAAGUUCACGAGCUCGGAUAUACCGAAUGCGCCAAGUCGUAUGUCUUCCGAGGCAACAAAGACUAUACCUCCAAGCAGGUUCAGGAGAUGCUAGGCCUUGCUCAAGGCGUGCGCCCUGGCAUGCCUCCUCAGCAACCGCAGCGCCCUCCCCUCCCUCCAGCUGCCCGUUUCCUUCUGCCAGUUCAACAGGCCGAGUUCCAGAUCACCAAUGUCCUCGAGCAAAUGCAGCGUGACCCUUGGCCUGUCGCCAAUGACAAGCGUGCCCUUCGCUGCACCGGUGUAGCUCUGAGCGUUGCGGUUGGCUUGCUAGAAACUUCUUUCCAAAAUGCUGGAGGCCGCAUCAUGAAUUUUGUCAGUGGCCCAGCUACCGAGGGUCCUGGAAAUGUGGUUUCUCCCGAGCUCAAAGAGCCAAUUCGUUCGCACCACGACAUUGAUCGCGACAACAUCAAGUACUACAAAAAGGCUGUUAAGUUCUACGACGCCCUUGCCAAGCGUGCCGCAAACAACGGUCACAUUGUCGAUAUUUUCGCCGGAUGUCUGGACCAAGUCGGUCUUCUGGAAAUGAAGAACCUUUCCAACUACACCGGUGGUCACAUGCUUCUCACGGAUAGCUUCACAUCGUCCCAAUUUAAGCAAUCAUUUGUUCGCGUGUUCGACAAAGAUGCCAACGACAACCUCCUCAUGGGCUUCAACGCAUCUUUGGAGGUUCUCACGACGAAGGAGCUGAAGGUCACGGGUCUCAUUGGUCAUGCUAUCUCUUUGAACAAGAAAUCGAGCUCUGUCGGCGAGACGGAGUGUGGUAUUGGUAACACAUGUGCCUGGAAGAUGUGUGGUAUCGACCCAUCUUCCAGCUAUGGUGUAUACUUCGAGAUCGCCAACCAAGGUGGCCCCGCUGCUGUGCAGCCCGGCCCUCAAAGGGGUAUGAUGCAAUUUUUGACAUACUAUCAGCAUUCCUCUGGGCAUUACCACCUUCGGGUGACUACCAUCGCGCGUCCCCUCAGCGGACCUGCAGGCGACCCGACUCUGGCACAAUCCUUCGACCAGGAGGCCGCUGCCGUGCUUAUGGCCCGGAUUGCCGUCUUCAAGGCUGAGGUUGACGAUGGUCCGGACGUCUUGCGCUGGGUGGAUCGGAUGUUAAUCCGACUGUGCUCUCGCUUUGCCGACUACCGUAAGGACGAUCCUACAUCGUUCCGUCUGGAAAAGAAUUUCACUUUGUACCCACAAUUUAUGUUCCACUUGCGACGAAGCCAGUUCCUGCAGGUGUUUAACAAUUCUCCCGACGAGACUGCGUUCUAUCGUCACGUUCUGAAUCACGAAGAUGCUGGUGAUUCCCUUGUCAUGAUCCAGCCCACCCUGGACUCCUACUCCCUCGAAGUGGAGGGCAGCCAACCCGUGCUGCUCGACUCUGCUUCCAUUCAGCCCGCGCAUAUUCUCCUUCUUGAUACCUUCUUCCACAUCCUCAUUUUCCACGGCGAGACCAUUGCCGAAUGGCGCAAGGCUGGUUACCAUGAACAGGAGGGAUACGAGAACCUCAAGCUGCUUUUAGAGCAGCCCAAGGAGGAUGCCAGGGAACUCAUUGCCGACCGGUUCCCUCUGCCCCGUUUCAUUGUCUGUGACGCUGGUGGAUCCCAGGCCCGCUUCCUACUGUCCAAGUUGAACCCGUCAACUACCCACACCACCGGUGGAUAUGGUGGCGGCGUGUCGGCACAAACCAUCUUUACUGAUGAUGUGUCGCUCCAGACAUUUAUGGAUCACCUGAUGAAACUUGCGGUGUCCGGUACUAGCUAG